AUGACCUGGCUAGAGACUUUCCCCUACAUCUGUGGAUGGCUGAUUCUCAGAAGCUGUCUCCUGGUUAGAGCGCAGCUGGAUUCUGAUGGCACCGUCACUAUAGAAGAGCAGAUUGUUCUUGUUAUGAAGGCUAAAAUGCAGUGUGAACUCAACAUCACAGCCCAGCUCCAAGAAGGAGGAGUUGCUUUCCGGCACUGCACCCGCAAUGGGACGUGGGAUUUUAUUCAUGGCUCAAAUCAAACCUGGGCUAACUAUUCAGACUGCUUUCUGCAGCCUGAUAUCAACAUAGGAAAGCAGGAGUUCUUUGAAAGCCUCUACAUCCUGUACACUGUCGGCUACUCCAUCUCUUUUGGCUCCUUGGCUGUAGCCAUUCUCAUUAUUGGCUACUUCAGGCGAUUGCAUUGCACUAGGAACUAUAUCCAUUUGCAUUUGUUCGUGUCCUUCAUGCUGAGAGCCAUGAGCAUCUUUGUCAAGGACAGAGUAGCCCAGGCUCACCUGGGAGUAGAGGCACUGCAGUCUCUGGUGAUGCAAAGUGACCUUCAGAACUUCAUUGGAGGACCAUCUGUGGACAAAUCUCAGUAUGUGGGGUGCAAGAUCGCCGUGGUGAUGUUUAUUUAUUUCUUGGCUACAAACUAUUACUGGAUCCUGGUGGAAGGGCUCUACCUGCAUAACUUAAUCUUUGUGUCUUUCUUUUCUGACACCAAAUACCUGUGGGGCUUCAUCUUGAUAGGCUGGGGAUACCCAACUCACUUUAUAAUACCUGCUUUCUGAGUGGUCAGUUCUUUUUUUUUCCAUCUUAGGUGUUGGGAACUUAGUGCUGGAGACAGGUGGAUUUACCAGGCUCCGAUCUUAGCUGCUAUUGGGCUGAAUUUUAUUCUGUUCCUGAAUACAGUUAGAGUUCUUGCUACUAAAAUUUGGGAAACCAAUGCGGUUGGGCAUGACAUGAGAAAGCAGUACAGGAAACUGGCUAAGUCAACGCUGGUUCUGGUGCUGGUAUUUGGCGUGCAUUACAUCGUGUUCAUCUGUCAGCCGCACUCCUUCUCGGGACUCUGGUGGGAGAUCCGAAUGCACUGUGAGCUCUUCUUCAACUCCUUCCAGGGUUUCUUUGUGUCUAUUGUCUAUUGCUACUGCAAUGGAGAGGUGCAAGCUGAGGUGAAGAAGACGUGGACUCGAUGGAAUCUGUCCAUCGACUGGAAAAGGGCGCCUCCUUGUGGCGGCCAAAGGUACGGCUCGGUGCUCACCACUGUCACUCACAGCACCAGCAGCCAGUCACAGAUGGGGGCAAGCACGCGCCUGGUGCUCAUCUCUGGCAAAUCCACCAAGAAUGCCUGCAGACAGAUCGACAGCCAUGUGACUCUACCUGGCUACGUCUGGAGUAGUUCUGAGCAGGACUGCCAAACACACUCUCCCCCCGAGGAGACUAAGGAAGGUCACAGGCGACGGGGAGAUGAUAGUCCAGUGAUGGAGUCUUCCAGGCCAGUGGCGUUCACCUUAGACACUGAAGGAUGCAAGGGAGAAACCCAUCCUAUCUGA